AUGUCGGGAGUGAUCCAACAGUUCCCGGUGGAGAGAGAGUAUCAGAAGAAUCCCAGCAUCAGCUCCGAGGACAUAAAGAAGUUGAGGGACUGGAUGAAGACUCAGACACAUCUACCUGAACAAUACUGGACAGAUUUGGAUCUCUUAAUAACUUACCACUGCUGCGACUGUAGUCCAGAAGUUACCAAACAGGUCAUCGACCUCCACAUCACAGCCAGAACACUGUUCACGAGCUUCUUCAAAGAUCGAGUUAUUGAUAAAAGAAUUAUAGACACGCUGAAACUUACCUUGCUUACGCCACUAGCAACACCAACUGUCCAUGGUUAUCGUGCAUUGUACUGUUGUCUAUUGGAUGGAGACGCAAAGAAAUUUAACUUCACCGAUAUUAUCAGGAGUGUCAUGCUUGUAUUUGACCUGUGGCAGUACGAGGAAGGGACUUGGCCAGGAUUUGUUAUAAUAAUAGACAUGAAUCUGGCGACCUUAAGCCAUAUCGCCAAGUUAGAUCUGAUGACUAUACGUCAGACGCUCUACUUCCUCCAGGAAUGCAUGCUGGUGAAACUGAAAGAGGUACAUUUUUUAAACGCGCCGCCCUUCAUGGAUAAACUAAUGAUGGUGUUGAAGCCAUUCAUGAAGAAUUCUUUGCUACGUAUCCUACAAAUUCACGAAAUUAACUCUCAAGUAAUUUAUAAGUACGUCCCGAAAGAGGCUUUUCCAAAGGAAUGCGGAGGAUCCUACAAGGACUUUAAAACAUUGAGAGAUGAAACUAUCCGUCGCCUGGAGAACAAUAAGGAAUUCUUUAAACAAGAAAACCUUCGUAGAGUCAAUGAAUCCUUGCGGCCUAAUGGUAAAACAAAAACCAUAGAAGAUAUUUUUGGAAUUCAAGGCAGCUUCAAGAAACUUGAUAUAGAUUAA